AUGCCUUAUUUCGCUAAGGCUUUUAUUAUUGCCCAAGGAUAUAUCGAGUCCAGAGCCUUCUCAAAAUCUAUAAAGGAUAUGGCUAUUGAUAUGGAGGCGUUGGAAGAUUUAGAAGUGGGAAUAAUGAUAAAUGGUAAACCUAUUAAUAACAUCCGAUAUGCUGACGAUACGGCGCUCCUAGCUGGCAAUGAGAAGGAUUUGCAGUGCCUAGUGGACAGAGUUAGCAGUAUUAGUCAGAGUCAUGGUCUUAAAAUAAAUAUAAACAAAACAAAAUUUAUGAUUAUCAGCAAACAAAAUAUCGAAAAUAUCAGGAUACAAGUGGAAGAUCAAAAUAUAGAAAGGAUAAGAAGAUUUAAGUACUUGGGUUGCUGGCUGGCUGAUAAAUGGGAUCCUGAUGAAGAAAUCAAACAUAGAAUUGAAAUAGCCAGAAAUACUUUUUUCAAAAUAAAAACUCUACUCUGCAACCGAGACCUGAAUCUGACUACUCGAUAG